AUGCUCUCCCCUCGAUCAUUUCGACCGAGGUGGUGCUGCAGAUGUUGCCCCUGGCGACCGGUAGCCAGGGGCUUUGAGCGGGUGGCAGCCACCGUCUACGGAAACCUCGACGAGGACGACGACGACUCCGACUUCGGCGAGGAGCCGGUGAGCCGUCUCCAGCGCGAGAGGAAAGCCAACCAGAGGACCGAGCAGAGGCAGGCGGAGAGGCAGGCGGAGAGGCAGGCGGAGAGGCAGGCGGAGAGGCAGGCGGAGAUGGACGAGAUGUUUGUGGAGUUCUUUGAUGCGAUUGACGACCUUUCUGACUCGGAGCAGCUUGGGGGCACCAGCACCAGCCUGGGAAUGGUGAUCCCCAAACUGAAAGCCGACAACGACAUCGCUGCGCAUUACAAGGUGCCACUGACUUCCUUGCAGCAGCUCAAGGUGGACUUCCCCGAGUGCCCCUCCGCCGAGCUGGCGCGGUUCCUGGCGCGGAAGAGCGUGUCCGGGAACUGCGAGAAGGCCGCCAAACUGGUGGAGGCCUACCUCCAGUGGCGCAAGGGCAUCGCCAAGUGGCCGCCCUCGCCCGCCGGGCUGCCGAACCCCUUCCGGUUCAACGGCUUCGCGCGGGAUGGGUCGAGGCUGCUGCUGCUGCUGCCGUGCAACAUCGACAUCAGCUUCAAGCCGGAGCUUUACUGCCAGACCUUGGUCCGCAGCUUGGACGUGGAGGUGGAGCGCGCGGACACGCUGCGCUUCACGGUGCUCCUGGACUGCAGACCCCACACGGCCCUGGGCUACGACGCCAAGCCGGUCUGGCGGCUCUGGUCGCACAUCUCCGCCAUGGCCAAGAUCUUCCAGUCCUACUUCCCCGAGCGACUGCAGCGCUUUGUGAUCUAUCCGGCUGGAGACUUGGAGAUGGGUGCCUUCCGGAUGUUCAAGGGGUUGUUGUCCGCCGAGACGCUGAAGCGAGUGCGGCUGCUCUACAGCAAGCUGGGCUACGCGGCCGCGGCGCCGCCCUCGGAGCUGCUGGAGAUCUUGGAGGUGGCGGAGAUCCGGGGAGAGAACAAAGUCUUCUUCGCGGGCCUGGAGAGCGACGCCUGCCACGUAUCAGUGCCUGACCUGGCCAAAGAGAAAAGCGCCGUGAGCCGCGCUUGGUCCACUACUGGCCCUGUACUGCAUGAAGGUUUCUACAAGUUGGCUGCGGUCACAAGGCCCGCGCCCACCCUACGACAGAAGGCAGCAGCACUGAAGAAGUCCUUCGACAUGCAGCUUCAAGGAAUCCGGCAGCUGGCACCAGCAGGCGUGCAGAGCAAGGAGCCGUGCGAAGAGCCCCAAGUGGGCGAGGCCCUGGCGAUCGAAGCAGGCGGCUGCGAUACCUUCAUCACCGCCCAUGAGGAGCCCAGCAUCGAGAACCUCCAGCUGGCACGGCCACGCCCGCAGGACGCCUUGGAGGAGGCGGAGCUGGCCCGAAGAGAGCUGGAGCUAUGUGUAGACACCUUGAAGUCUUACUCGCGGGAGACCUCAGCGGAAUCCCGGGAGCGCGGUACGCUGCUUGAAAGCACAACAGCAACAGCAUCCACCGCGAUCCAGAAUCUAAUGCUCAUCAUUGAGAGGCAGGCGGCUGAAGCCGCUGAAGCCGAGAAGCAGAAGGAAGAGCUGAGGGGAAGCGUCAAGGGCCUGGAGGAGGAUGCGGAGGGCUUGCGCCGAAUGGUGCAGCACAUGCUCCGCGACGAGGCCGAGCUGCAGCGGCAGAAGGACGAGAAGAUGGCCGAGGUCUCCGAGGGGAAGCAGAGCCUCGCGGAGGCGGAGGCCCACGCCGAGGACCUGCGCGAGCAGCUGGAGGCGGCCCAGCGCCAGCUGCGGCUCCAGGAGGAGCUGCAGCGGACUGCCCAGGAGAAGCUGCGUGACGGCUCCACCUCGCCAAUGAUGGCCUUCUCCACCUUUGUGCUGGGACCAGACCAGGUGCCCUCAGCGUCCACAAAGUCCAUCAGCGGCGAGGCGCUGAAGCCAAAGUUGGAGAGCAGGACAGAGAAGUCAAUGGUGAGUGCCCCGGCCUCCACCCGGAACUCCGUCUCCACUUCAGGCGACCAGGUGAAGUACCGCUUCCCCUGCUGCCGCGAGCGGUACUGCUCCCUGCCCUGCUACCGCGUGCACGCGGCCGGGCAGUGCCCGGCGAGGCCGGAGGCGGAGCCGAGCGCCAAGCGCCCGCGCAGGGAGGAGGAGCCGGAGGAUUUGAUCAGCGAGGUGCGGCUCUGCGCGCUGCGGGGCCACCUUGGGGUGAGGUCCGCGCUGCAGAGCGAGGCCUUUCAGGACGCUCUGAUCGCGCUGGACGACGCUCGGGACCGGCGGCAAGCACUGGAGACGCUGAUGGAGAAGGACAAGUAUUUCAUGAAGUUCGUGGGUGACCUGAUGGAGGCGAUUGACUACUUCCCCAAGGAGGGCUUCAGAUAG